AUGAGCGAGGUGAGCGGCGCCGGGGCGGGCGGGGGGCGGGCGGCGAGCGCAGCGGCGGGCAGCGGGCGCAGCCCCUCGGAAUGUCACCACCUGACUGGCGUGUGGACAGCACCUGGCCGGAGACAAGGAGCCGGAGCUACAAAUGGAAAAGACAAGACAUCUGGUGAAAAUGAUGGGCAGAAGAAGGUUCAAGAAGAAUUUGACAUAGACAUGGAUGCGCCAGAGACAGAGCGGGCGGCUGUGGCAAUACAGUCCCAGUUCAGAAAAUUCCAGAAGAAAAAAGCGGGGUCCCAGUCUUAGU